AUGCCGGGCACAUACCGGGCGGUUCUGAAGUUAGAGGGUGCUACUGGAGGAGCGUGUGCGGGAGUGUUCUGGUAUCAUGACGACAAGUCGGAAAUUGACAUUGAAGUCGUCACACCCGGCGACUCGAUCGUCAACGGGACAAUCAACUACACAUCGCAUCCAUCGCUAGCAUCAGACGGGCAACCCAUACCGAACGCCACGCUUUCAGUCCCGUUCAACCAACGUCAUCUCCGCCCCGAGGAUUUCCACGAAUACCGGUUUGAUUCUCAUCCUCGUCGGGGUGUCGAGUUUUACUUCGAUGGCGGCCUGGUGCAUACCAGUUCUCACAGCGUCCCGUUGCAAGGCGGCAAUCUUCAAUUCAAGGUGUGGGCAGACGGUGACAAGUGGUGGAGUGGUACACCGAGCACGAGUGAUGUUCUCAUGACAGUCAAAACCAUUGAUGCCUAUUACAACACCUCAAGCUCUACAAGCAAUGAAGGAUGGAAAAAAGGCUGUGUUGCGGCCGGCGGACCAAGCAGCAAGACUGUAUGCACUAUCGCAUAA